UCCGCCAGCACUCGCCCACCUCUAAUUGACGCAAACAAAGUUGCGAUUUUACCACAGAAAAAGAGAAGAAAAAAGCAAAACAAACCCAAAUUCCGCUGCCACCGAGGAAGCAAUCCUGUCGCAGCCGCGUCCCAUGAGUGCGAACCUGAAGAACGUCAAGCUGGCCCACUUCGGCGGUCCGCCCGGCUCCAGUGGCUUCGGCAUCUCGGCGUCCUCCGGGGGCGCUGGAAAACUGCCCACAAAUGGCACGGGCGGCGGCAAAUCCGCUCCGCCCAGCUCCUUCGCGGAGGCCGAGGUGCUGGCCACGCCCGGGGGCGUCGUCAUACCCAUAAUCCGCACCCGGGACGUGCCCAAGCUGCUGCCCACCAUUGCCACCGCACUGCAGCGUCCAGCGGACGAUCACCUGGCCGCCGAGGACCUGGAUGCAGUGCAACUGGAGCUGGAGCAGAUGCUCUCAAACGUGGCGCUGCGCACGCGGGUCCUGAAGGCGGAGUACGACAGCCUGGACAAGGAUGAGAAGCGCCAGGACCGCCGAAAGCUGGACCGCGUCCCGGGAUCGCCGCCCUGCCCGGCCAACAUGCUAAACGGCCUGCUCGGCGUCGGCAGCAACUCCUCCACGAGUCUGGGCAGCCCCCUGGGCGGCGGAGGCGCCUCCUCCUCCAGCCAGUCCAAGCGGAAGCGCGACGAGCCCACAGGCGUGCGCAAGAAGCACUCCUCGAUGACCAUACUGAAGCAACAGGGCGUCGCCGGCGGCUCCUCGAAGCACCAGGCCAAGAACAGCCCCCUGGCCGUGCACACCGACGACAGCAUGGACUAUCUGCCCACCCUGGUGGCGGCCAACGCCUCGGGUUCCGUGCUGCCGCACCACCAGCCGUUGCCCCAGCUGCCCAAGGUGGCGGUGCCCAAGAACGACACACCCAACAAGUUCUGGCUCUCCGUAGAGCCCUACUGCAUGCCGCUGACCAACGAGGAUCUGCGCCUGAUCGACGAUCUCCUGGAGCAGUAUCGGGGUCCGCUGGUGCCGCCGGUGCCCCCGCUGGGUCCCCACUACUCCACGGCCUGGGCCCAGGAGGACAUGAAGGCCCUGCAGCCGGGCGGAGCACGCCUCAAGUCGAACAGCGCCAGCGGGAUGAUCAAGAAGGCCGAGGGAAUGGUGGAGGAGAGCAUCACGGGCCCGCUGACCCAGCGCCUGGUGUCCGCCCUGAUGGAGGAGUCGCUGAUGACGCUGCCCAGCGAGCAGGCGGCCGUGGGCGAGCACAGCAACAGCACCACGAGCAGCAGCAACGAGAACACCCACUCACACUCGUCGUCCUCGGCCAAUGCCGCCGCUGCGGCUGCUUCCGGCAACUUCCGAUCGCUGGCCAUGAUGAAGCACGGCGUGGGCAUCGAACAGCGGCUGAAGAAGACGCUCAUAGAGAACGGACUGAUCGACGCCAGUGAGUUGGCGGCCCACGAGGACGUGGACGAGGUGCUGCUGGAGAUCAAGCGGGUCACCACAGAGAUAAGCUCCAUUUCUCAGUUCAACAGCGAGGAGCUGAAGCGACUGCGUUCGGCCGCCAGCGAGGAGAUCAAGCGCAUUGCCAUCAAGCGGAAGUUGGACACGGUCGACCAGGAGAUACUCGAGUGCUACAAGCGGAUGCUGCAGUACCGGACCAAGCGCAAGGGACACACCAUCGAGGAGAAGCAGGAGAUCCUGCGGCUGACCAGCGAGCAGCGCCUGCUGGCCGAUCAGCUGGAGCGCAUGCAGAUGCACCUGCCGUGCGUCGGCGGCGCUGGCGGCUCCCUGAUGGAGCCCAAGAUGUAGGACAGGACCCUGGCCUGGGGCUGGUGCCAGCUAAUGGCCAUGCAUCAGGCAAAGAGGCAGGUCCGGGAGGCUAGCCUCAAGCUGCAGUGUGUCUGAAGGAACCCUCCUCCUCCGCCUCCGCCUCGACUUCUCCCUGUUCCUGUUCGCCCGACUGUACAUUAGCACGUAGCAAACCACAGCCCGAGGAGUGGAUGGUUGGCAAAGGAAGCUGUCUCCGAGUCCUUCCUAGCAACUUCCCCCCGUAUUCUUAUCUUUGCCGCCCGACUGUACAUUAGCAAAGAUAUAUACCUUAUAGUAUGUAGAGUUCACGCUUGAAGUGGAUUUAAUGUUAAGACAAGGUGUUCAAGAGGCGGAUAUUAGUUUUGGCUUAAUUCCAAGCUGUUCCUCUGGGAAAGCCCUGGAUUCUGUCACUUGGAGAGCAACCUCUUCUUGGAUAGAACACUCUAAGAUGUAUUUCAACUGCCUGGAACAGCUGUUCCCAACUUAUUUUGUAUUUGCAUGUGAAACAUCCACAGAUUUCGCAGGUUUGUAAAUAGAGAUGGAGCCUGUUUGUAUCCCAAGCUUUCUCGGAGGGAAUUACCCACAAAUUACUAUCCGCCUCCGUGAAUCGAACGUUUUUUUGCUUUUCGCAACUAUAAAUAUUGAUCCACCCCACUUAACACUCCCAAGUACGUACACUUUGUAUAGCCUAAGUUAUCGCGCGGCAAUAAAGUCGUCACUAUCGAGAGUAA